AUGACUGGUGCUAGAAGAAAGAAGCAGCGUUUUAAUAGAAUUCAUGCCUUCUCAUGUGGAAAGGCAUCAUUCAGAAGUGAGCAUUCACUCAUUGGAGGACCUGGCUUCUCUAGGAUAGUCUUUUGCAAUGAACCUGAAUGUUUUGAGGCUGGUCUGCGAAAUUAUGCCAGCAACUAUGUCAGCACUACCAAGUACACGCUCACAACAUUUCUCCCAAAGUCACUGUUUGAGCAGUUCCGGCGGGUUGCCAAUAUUUAUUUCCUCAUCUGUGCAAUAUUGUCUUUCACCCCACUUUCUCCUUACUCGGCUAUCAGUACUGUUUUUCCUCUAGCUGUUGUUAUUGGUGCUACAAUAGGAAAAGAGGCGGUUGAAGAUUGGAGGAGAAAAAAGCAGGAUACUGAAGUGAACAAUCGAAAAGUAAAAGUGCAUUACGGUGAAGGUGUAUUUGAUCAUGCUAAAUGGAUGGAUUUGAAAGUUGGGGACAUAGUAAGGGUGGAAAAGGAUGAAUUUUUUCCUGCUGAUCUCAUAUUGCUCUCUUCAAAUUAUGAUGAAGCAAUUUGCUAUGUUGAGACCACAAACCUUGACGGAGAAACCAAUUUGAAACUGAAACAAGCACUAGAUGUAACUUCAAACUUGCAGGAGGACUCCAGCUUUCAGGAUUUCAAGGCAGUAAUAAGAUGUGAAGAUCCAAAUGCAAAUUUGUACACUUUUGUAGGCAGUUUGGAUCUUGGAGAGGAACAGCAUGCUCUUAUGCCUCAGCAGCUUCUACUUAGGGACUCAAAGCUGCGAAACACUGAUUACGUUUAUGGAGUGGUUAUCUUCACAGGUCAUGACACAAAGGUUAUGCAAAAUUCAACACCGCCGCCUUCUAAGAGAAGCAAAAUUGAGAGGAGGAUGGAUAAGGUUGUCUACCUAUUAUUCUUCCUUUUGGUUGUAAUUUCAUUUAUUGGGUCAAUUUUCUUUGGAAUUUCAACAAAGGAAGACCUUGAGGAUGGAAGGAUGAAAAGAUGGUAUCUCAGACCUGAUAAGACGACAGUUUAUUAUGACCCGGAUAGGGCACCAGCUGCAGCAAUUUUGCAUUUUUUAACUGCUCUUAUGUUGUAUGGUUAUUUGAUUCCAAUUUCAUUGUAUGUAUCAAUAGAAAUUGUCAAAGUUCUUCAGAGCGUUUUCAUCAACCAAGAUCUGCAUAUGUACUAUGAGGAAACUGAUAAGCCAGCACGGGCACGUACCUCAAAUUUGAAUGAAGAACUUGGCCAAGUUGACACUAUACUUUCUGAUAAAACAGGAACAUUGACUUGCAACUCGAUGGAAUUUAUCAAGUGCUCUGUGGCUGGCACUUCAUAUGGCCGUGGAGUUACUGAAGUUGAAAGGGCUAUGGCUAGAAGAAAGGGGUCACCUUUGCCUCAAGAGGAGACAGAUGAAGAGGUCAUUGUGGAUACACUGGCUGAAGGAAAACCAUCUAUAAAAGGGUUCAAUUUUGUAGAUGAAAGGAUCAUGAAUGGUCAUUGGGUAAAGGAACCUCAUGCAGAUGUAGUCCAAAAGUUCUUGAGGUUACUCGCUAUCUGCCAUACCGCAAUACCUGAAAUUGAUGAAGAAACUGGAAGAAUAUCAUAUGAAGCCGAAUCACCAGAUGAGGCAGCAUUUGUCAUUGCAGCAAGGGAACUUGGUUUUGAAUUUUAUGAAAGAACACAAACAAGCAUCUUACUGCGUGAGUUGGAUCCGGUCUCUGGCACAAAAGUUAAAAGAUCUUAUAAACUUUUGAACAUCAUCGAGUUCAAUAGCUCUAGAAAGCGGAUGUCUGUGAUUGUUAGGAAUGAGGAGGGAAAGCUGCUUCUUCUUUGUAAAGGGGCUGACAGUGUCAUGUUUGAAAGACUUGCAAAGGAUGGAAGAGACUUUGAAGAGCAGACCAAGGAGCACGUUGGCGAGUAUGCUGAUGCUGGCUUGAGGACUUUGGUUCUUGCAUAUCGGGAACUCAAUGAGGAAGAAUAUGAUGAGUUCAAUCGUGAAUUUACUGAGGCGAAGAACUCAGUAAGUUCAGACCGUGAGGAAAUGAUUGAGGAAGUAGCAGAAAAGAUUGAGAGGGAUUUGAUUCUUCUUGGUGCCACAGCUGUUGAGGACAAACUUCAGAAUGGGGUUCCUGAAUGUAUUGACAAGCUUGCGCAGGCUGGAAUUAAAAUAUGGGUUUUGACUGGAGAUAAGAUGGAGACAGCCAUCAAUAUUGGCUAUGCGUGUAGUUUACUCAGACAAGGAAUGAAACAAAUAAUAAUCAGUUCAGAUACUCCUGAAAAUAAAACCCUAGAGAAAAUGGAGGACAAAGCUGCUGCUGCAACGGCUCUCAAGGCAAGCGUCCUCCAUCAGAUGGAUGAGGGGAUGGCACUGCUUAGUGCAUCAAGUGAAAGUUCUGAGGCACUGGCCUUGAUCAUUGAUGGCAAAUCACUCACCUAUGCUCUUGAAGAUGAUGUCAAGGACCUGUUUCUGGAACUUGCUGUUGGAUGUGCAUCUGUCAUUUGCUGCCGAUCAUCUCCUAAACAGAAAGCUCUUGUCACAAGACUGGUUAAACUUAAGACAGGUAAUACAACAUUAGCAAUUGGUGAUGGGGCAAACGACGUCGGAAUGCUUCAAGAAGCAGAUAUCGGUGUUGGUAUCAGUGGUGUUGAAGGAAUGCAGGCAGUCAUGUCAAGUGAUAUUGCAAUUGCACAAUUCCGAUUUUUGGAGCGCUUGCUACUUGUUCAUGGACAUUGGUGUUACCGAAGGAUCUCAUCAAUGAUAUGUUACUUCUUUUACAAGAACAUUGCAUUUGGGUUCACUCUCUUCUUCUAUGAGGCAUAUGCAUCAUUCUCAGGCCAACCAGCAUAUAAUGAUUGGUUUCUAUCUCUUUAUAACGUCUUCUUCACAUCACUUCCUGUGAUUGCCCUUGGAGUGUUUGACCAGGAUGUAUCUGCCCGUUUUUGCCUCAAGUUCCCACUACUGUACCAAGAAGGUGUACAAAAUGUCUUGUUUAGCUGGACCAGAAUCUUUGGCUGGGCAUUUAAUGGGGUAGUGAGUGCUAUCUUAAUCUUCUUCUUCUGCAUCCGUGCAUUGGAGUAUCAAGCCUUUCGCAAAGGUGGAGAAGUUGUUGGCUUUGAGAUCCUUGGUGCCACCAUGUAUACGUGCGUUGUGUGGGUGGUUAACUGCCAGAUGGCACUAUCUAUCAACUAUUUCACUUAUAUCCAGCAUCUCUUCAUCUGGGGUGGAAUUGUAUUCUGGUACAUUUUCCUCAUGGUAUAUGGAGCAAUGGACCCCUACCUAUCAACAACUGCCUACAAAGUUUUCAUUGAAGCCUGUGCACCAGCUCCGUCUUAUUGGCUCAUCACACUCCUUGUGUUGUUAUCGUCUCUCAUCCCGUAUUUUACUUACUCCACCUUACAAAUGCGGUUUUUUCCACUGUAUCAUCAGAUGAUACAGUGGUUACGAAGUGACGGGCAAACGGAUGACCCUGAGUACUGUAAUAUGGUACGGCAAAGGUCAUUGCGGCACACAACAGUAGGGUAUACAGCCCGUUAUGUAGCAAAAUCAAAACGUUUAAAAGAGAAGAAGCACCAGCACAGUUGA